AUGGAUUCGAACGAUUGCCGUGAGGUGAUGCUGCGAGAGCAGAUCCCAGAAGAGACACAACCAGAAAGAGGGAACUGGACUGGUCGAUUUGAUUUUCUCCUAUCAUUACUCGGAUACAGCGUUGGUUUGGGGAAUGUUUGGCGAUUUCCGUACCUUUGCUAUAAUAACGGAGGAGGUGCGUUCCUCAUCCCCUUCACGGUAAUGCUAAUAAUAGCAGGUCUUCCACUGAUGUUUAUGGAGCUAUCUUUCGGCCAGUAUGCAGCCCUUGGCCCAGUCGCCGUCUACAAUAGAUUCUGCCCUUUGUUCCGCGGCCUUGGCUACGGAAUGGUGAUUGUUUCGUCCAUAGUGAUGCUCUACUACAAUCUCAUAAUUGCUUGGACUUUCUAUUACAUAUAUGUUUCGUUUGUGAGCAUCUUCUACCAAUUGCCGUGGCAGAAUUGCGAUGCAGAUUGGAGUACGGAAUUUUGCUACUCGUACGAGGCGGCCGACGAGUGCGAAGCUAACAACGGAACAUAUUACUUACGGAAAUGCUUUAAUCAAACUCAAACUGCGCUACAUAAUAUAACCGCCCUCGCAAACGUCACUUUGAGGCGGCCUCCCGCUGAAGAGUACUUUUCGAACCAUGUAUUGGGACUAUCCUCUGGAAUACAAGAAAUUGGUGGGAUUCGAUGGAGUUUGGCCGCUUGUUUGUUUGCCGCGUGGGUGAUUGUCUUCUUGUGUUUAUGCAAAGGUGUCCAGUCUUCAGGGAAGGUGGUGUAUUUCACAGCCCUUUUCCCAUACGUCGUGUUGGUUAUUUUGUUCUUCCGAGGUGUUACAUUGCCCGGCGCUUCGACUGGUAUUAUAUUUUAUCUGACUCCAGACUUCAGUCAACUCGCUAAUGCGCAAGUGUGGGGCGAUGCAGCAGUUCAGAUAUUCUUUGCCUUGAGCCCCGCUUGGGGAGGCUUAAUCACACUAUCAUCGUAUAACAAAUUCACAAAUAACUGCUAUUUAGACUCCCUAAUAGUCGCCGUAUCGAACAUAGCAACGUCGUUCUUCGCGGGUCUGGUCAUCUUUUCAGUGAUUGGAUUCCUCGCGCACGAGCUUGAAGUCAGCGUCGACCGAGUGGUGGACCAAGGCGCCGGAUUGGCCUUCAUCGUUUACCCUGAAGUUGUCACGAGACUGCCGCUUUCUCCGCUCUGGUCCAUUCUCUUCUUCUUCAUGCUUUUGACACUUGGACUUGACUCACAGUUUGCUUUAAUGGAAACUGUGACGACGGCAAUAUUGGACAGAUUCCCGAACUUCAGAGAGAAGAAAAUCUGGGUUGUUCUGACUGUUGCCGUGUUUGGAUAUCUCGGGGGACUGAUUUUCACGACUAACAGUGGCAUGUAUUGGUUACAAUUAAUGGAUAAAUACGCGGCAAACUGGUCAGUUCUAAUAAUUGCGAUUGGGGAAUGCAUCUUAAUCGCCUGGAUCUAUGGGGCCGAGAAGUUCUGCCACGACAUCGAACGUAUGAUCGGACGCCAGUCGAAGGCCUGGCUGGUCUUUUGGAGUACUAUGUGGAGAGGCAUCACUCCCGCGGCCCUUAUUUUCAUCCUGGUCUUUAACUGGAUCGAGUAUAAGCCGGCUACCUAUGGCCACUACGUAUACCCGAUGUGGGCAGAUGCAGUCGGCUGGAUUAUCGGAAUGCUGCCUAUAUUGGUUGUCGUAUUGAUGGCCAUAGACAAGAUUUGCACUGGUCCUGAUGAUCUGACAAUUAUGCAGAAAGCCCGCUUCCUGUCGCAACCCACGGAGGAGUGGGGCCCGGCACAGCGCGCGGCUCCGCUCGAGGAGACUGAGCUUGCUCCGCCCGUGCUGCUGCUGCACGGCAGACACGUGCUGCGGGAGCGCGGCGCUUGA